UUCAAAAUAUAAUCGUUGAUUAUCUCCUCAUUUCAGUAUGCAAAUUCGAUGUGCAUUAUAUUUAAAUACCAUUAAAUUUGUGUAAAAUAACGAAUACAUUGUCGAUGAGUUAUGGUUUCAAACUUUAUCGACGAAGAACAGAAAGACGAAAAAAGCUGAAACAAGUUCAAACUUUCAACAAUUGUACAGUGGAGAAACGCAAUACAACACAAUCUUUAACAAAACAAUUGUUCUUCAUCGGUACUACUCAUACGUUGCGUAACUUUUUCCGGACACGCGAACGAAACCAUAUUUCGAAGGCUACUACCGAAGACGAACGAUAACAUCGUGAAAGAUCUACGUGCCAGUACAGUUGUGUCGUUAUCAACGAUACCACGCUCUUUCAGAAGCUGAAACAUCUUUCGAAAGGAAAUUUCGAUUGCUCUCGAAACGGUGAAGAUUGUUUACAAUGGCCUUAACCUGGAGAUUGACAGUCACGGCACUUCUGGGUAGAAAUGUACGCGAUCAAAAAUGUCGAUUCUUCUCCGUAAGCUGCUUUCGCUGCGGGACCGUCGUCCCCUUCAAACUAUCGGAUAUCGGAGAAGGAAUUCGAGACGUCACGAUAAAAGAGUGGUUCGUGAAACCAGGCGACCGGGUGUCUCAAUUCGAUAACAUUUGUGAGGUUCAAAGCGACAAAGCAUCUGUGACGAUUACCAGCCGUUACGACGGAUUAAUUAAAGCCUUGCACUACAAGGUGGACGACGUAGCUCUGAUAGGAGAUUCAUUGCUGGACAUCGAACUAGAUGGUGAUAAUGGGAACAUGGAAGUUAAGACGAUGAUCUCUGACAAACAGCAUCCGCAACAACAAACUAUAAAAACCGAUAACAAGCAGAGCGUUAAAGGCGACGAGGAAGACUGUGCAGUAAAAUAUGGGUUAGAAAAGGCGCUAACAACUCCUGCGGUCAGAAGAAUAGCUAUGGAGAAUAAUAUUAAGCUGAAGGACGUCAUUUCUACGGGCAAAGGUAAUCGAAUACUUAAAGAGGAUAUAUUGACUCAUUUAGAAAAAAUGUCUACUAGCUCCGAGAGAAAAAGGAUCGAAGAAAAACCAACGGCGGAAACGGUGAUACCGAUAAAAGGCUAUACCAAGCAUAUGUGGAAAACGAUGACGCAGUCUUUGAGUAUACCACACUUUGUGUACAGCGAUGAGUGUAACGUUAACAGACUGAUGGACUACCGAAACGAAGUGAAGGAUUCGGUGAAAGAGCAAGGUGUUUCUUUAAGCUUGAUGCCGUUUUUCAUAAAAGCCGCAUCUAGAGCAUUAGAAAAGAUACCACAGCUAAACGCCUGGCUUGAUGAAGAAAAUCAAACGUUACGUAUUCAAAAGAGGCAUAACAUCGGCAUUGCUAUGGAUACACCUGAGGGCUUAAUUGUACCGAAUAUUAAAAAUGUUCAGGAUUUAGAUAUUAUAGAGAUUGCGAAACAAUUAAAUCGUCUUCAAGAACUUGGAAGAAAAUCUUCGAUCCCGCCGGACGAUUUAUCGAACACAACGUUUUCACUGUCAAACAUAGGUGUUGUGGGCGGUACAUAUACAAAACCGGUGAUUCUUCCUCCACAAAUUGUGAUCGGCGCGUUUGGAAGAGUGCAGAAAUUACCACGCUUCGACGAUAAAGGAAACGUAGAAGCCGCAAACAUAAUUUUCAUUAACUGGGCUGCCGAUCAUCGAGUAGUGGAUGGCGUCACAAUGGCUAAGUAUUCAAAUCUCUGGAAACAUUACAUUGAAAACCCUAUAUUUUUAUUGAUAGGAGCUUGAAAAUGUAUUUUGAAGUAAGGAUGUUUUUAUGGGAAUUUUUUAUACGUAAUAAAUUACGAAUGAUUAAAAAAUUUUAUACCAUACUUGAAUAUUAUCGAUAAGGAUUGAUAUGUAAAGUGUAGUGAAAUUUUUAAACAUUUUGUACGUAAAUAUUAAUUUAUUUAUUGCUGCACAACCAACUAGGACUUUUUAAGAAAGGUAAAAUAUCUUUUUCUAACAAAUUCAAAGUUUCAUACAACUGUAUGGUAGUCAUUAUAUGAUGACCAGUCAAACCACUGUGAGCAUUUCUUGUACAUUUAAUCUAUCAUACAUUGUCAUACAAAUUGAUUCAACA